AUGCUGGUAAAUAUCCCGGGCCAUCGACCAAUAUCAAAACAGAUCUCGUUAUCGCGACUACUGAACCAGCCACACCUGUUACUGGAUGCGAUCGUUUUGUCAAUAAGUGGUCAGGAUGAGUGUAAUAUACAAAGUGGCAGCCAUCAUCUUACUUGGAGCUCUCAGCAAGGGGGAUUUUACCGGAAGACGAAUUUUAGGAUAAUUAAUAGACAAGACCUGCUGGCGUCUGAUAGCGAUGUCUUUGAAGAUAACACCAGCAAAUCAUUUUCACAGCUGUUGUUCGAUGUAGCGAGAGACCAAGUUAUAGUGGGCGCUAGAGACACGUUAUAUCGUCUGUCGCUACGUGGACUUAGAGAACUUGAACGUGCAAAUUGGCCCGCACCAGAGGGUAAGACAAAAUUGUGUCAAGACAAGGGUCAGACUGAAGACAGCUGCCGCAAUUACAUCAAAGUGCUGCUCUCUUAUGGGCAUAAGCUGUUCGCGUGCGGCACAAACGCUUUCAGUCCGAUGUGCAAUCGAAUCAAUCACAUGGUAUCGGAACUAGUGAGUGGGGUGCCCAAUUGUCCCCACAAAUCCAAACUCCAAUGUGACAGCCAUCUUCGCCAGUACCGGGCGAGUAUUAUGCCGGUACCCCAACUGAUUUUUCAAGCUCCGACACAGCUAUAUGCAGGAGUCGCCGGGGCGCCUCGCCCCGUGAGACUGACAAUAUACUCUCGUAUAGCGCGUGUAUGUCAGAAUGACUCGGGGCGGCCAUCUUGUUAUGAAAGACAAUUGGAGCACUUUCUUGAAGGCGCGUCUCAAGUGUCCCGUGCCGGGAGACGUGCCCUUCUACUAAAACGACGAGGUCCAGAGCGUUGA